AUGCAUCAACUGAAACUCUCAUCGGUUGACCACAGGUCACUCCGUCCGAACACCGACACCGUAAUGCAGGUCUUGGAACUCUUUUCGAGCCAGAAUCCUAUAGGACUCAUUGCGCUGCCAAGAUCUGUGCCUGGUUGCCUUCCAAAGACCUCCCUUACGAAGAAAGUCACGUUGAAUAUCUUGGAAUCCGACUCCGGCGACUUCGUUUUGAUUCUCGAGUUUCCAGGGUGUCCCACUAAUAGGAAUGCCGCAGUCUUGAGCUAACUCUUGCAGUCUGCCUUUAAUACAGGCACGAUGAAUACUUAUUAGCGUCGUUCUCUUGAUGAGUUUCUCAUAGAUUGGUUUAAGUUCUUCAACCUCGUUUCUAUUCCUGCACAAGUGAAAAGCAUAAUCUCUGAUUAGAGAGCAUGGAGGAUCAUCGCUGGGGCUGCUGCUGCUGCUGACGAAUGCCUUAAGAACCCAUCCAGAUUCGUUCCCUUUAUAUGGACUGUUGAGUGCAAUGGGUAGGUCAGUAAUAAGAAGCCUGCCAUCUUUAUACCCUCUCUUGCCGAUGUAUUUAACUGGUCUGUAGCUCUCUGCUGCCUUCAAGAACUCUUUAAAUGCCUUUGCUUGUGUAAGGGUCUUGAUUAACACCUUAGUAUGCACAGCACUAAGAACAUUACUUCCUUGUGUGCUUGUUGGUGAAGGAGGUAGUUGCGGGGUUUUGUUGUUGUUCUUGUUCUUCUCGCGCUCUUUCGC